AUGAAGCGAAAACGGGAGACGCCAUGGGAGCGACAGGGCUUGCGUGGUGUGCGAUAUUUGGUGCUGGAUGAGGCUGACCGCAUGCUGGAUAUGGGUUUCAUGCCCCAGGUACGUGAGAUUGUUGGGCUGAUGGUGCCCAAGAACCAACGACAGACCUUGCUUUUCUCCGCCACCUGGCCAUCCGCAGUGCAUGCCUUGGCAGGCGAGAUUCUAGGGCAGUCGCCUGUGCGGAUCUCCAUUGAUCAAGCAGGGGAAGAUGAGCUCAGCGCGAACUCCAGCGUGACACAGAUCAUUGAGAUCGUACGAGAGAGCAAGAAAGAAGCUCGCCUACUGAACAUUCUGCAAGAACAUGCAUCGGCGAAGACCUUGAUUUUUGUCAACACCAAGAAAGGUGCCGCCUCCUUGGCCGAUCACUUGCGAAGAGCUGGGGUGGUCCCCUGCGGGGAGAUUCAUGGAAAUCUCCCCCAGCACGAACGCGCAGAGGCACUCAAAGAGUUCACGUCUGGAGCCACUCGAACUCUGGUGGCUACGGAUGUAGCUGCAAGGGGCUUGGAUGUGGAAGACAUCACGCUUGUGGUGUGUUAUGAUUUUCCAGACUCGAUGGCGGGCGGCAUGGAGGACUACGUCCACCGGAUCGGCCGCACCGGCCGUGCGGGGCGCCGCGGACACGCCGUCACCUUCUUCCCGGCGCCCGAGGAUGUUUCCGGCACUCGCUCCGCAGGCAAUGCCCACGAACUGAUUCAACUCCUGCGCUCUGCCGGACAAGACGUGCCUGAGGAGCUACAGGCGUUGGACAAUGGGCCGGUCAUUUCCAGUGUGGCGGCACGAUCUGGAAACUGA